AUGGAACAUAUGUGCCAGCAGGUGGAACUUAUAUACCACCAAACCCUCCAAGAGAAGCACCUGCACCAGGACUACCUAAAACAUUUACAUCGUCACAUGGACACAGACACAGGCAUGCACCAAAACCAACACAACAACCAACACAACAACCAACAGUUCAAAAUCCAGCACAGCAACCAACAGUUCAAAACCCUGCACAGCAACCAACAGUUCAAAAUCCAGCACCACAACAACAACCAACACAACAACCAACAGUUCAAAAUCCAGCACCACAACAACAACCAAAACCAACAGUUCAAAAUCCAGCACAGCAACCAACAGUUCAAAACCCUGCACAGCAACCAACAGUUCAAAACCCUGCACAGCAACCAACAGUUCAAAAUCCAGCACAACAACAACAACCAGCACAACAACAACAACCAACAGUUCAAAAUCCAGCACCACAACCAAAACCAGCACAACAACCAACAGUUCAAAACCCUGCACAACAACAACCACAAACAGAGCAAGGACAUAAAAGAAGUAGAGAAAAAGGAAACCAAGAAUUCUUAA